AUGAUGUCACGGUCACCUGGAUCAUUGGAUGGAAGUGACGAUGAAGCCAUCCCAGAAGGCAGUGAAAGUUUUUCUUCCCCCAAUCCCUCAGCUGCUGCUGCUGCUCAAGAGGUCAGAUCAGCCACUGAUGGUAAUACCAGCACCACUCCGCCCACCUCUGCCAAGAAGAGAAAGUUAAACAGCAGCAGCAGUAGCGGCAGUAACAGUAGUAACGAGAGAGAAGACUUUGAUUCCACCUCUUCCUCCUCUUCCACUCUUCCUUUACAACCCAGGGAUUCGGCAUUCCCUUCAACCUCGUCCUUCUCGUGCCUGGGGGUCCCAGGGACUGCUCCCAGCCCCGUACCGAUACAGAAGAAGCUACGUUUUGAAGAUAACCUGGAGUUUGUAGGGUUUGAUACGAAGAUGGCUGAGGAAUCCUCGUCCUCGUCCUCAUCUUCACCAACUGCUGCAACAUCUCAGCAGCAGCAACUUAAAAAUAAGAGUAUACUAAUCUCUACUGUGGCUUCGGUGCAUCACGCAAACGGCCUGGCCAAAUCUUCCACCACCGCCUCUAGCUUUGCUAACAGCAAGCCUGGCUCUGCUAAGAAGUUAGUGAUCAAGAACUUUAAAGAUAAGCCUAAGUUACCAGAAAACUACACGGAUGAAACAUGGCAGAAACUAAAAGAAGCAGUGGAAGCUAUCCAGAAUAGUACUUCAAUUAAGUACAAUUUAGAAGAGCUGUAUCAGGCUGUGGAAAAUCUCUGUUCUUACAAGAUUUCUGCAAACUUGUACAAACAGCUGAGACAGAUUUGUGAAGAUCACAUUAAAGCACAGAUUCAUCAGUUCAGAGAAUAUCCUUUUAAAAACAAAAAACCUUACUCUUUGGAUAGUGUUCUUUUUCUCAAGAAGAUUGAUAGAUGUUGGCAGAACAAUUGUAGACAGAUGAUCAUGAUCAGGAGCAUUUUUUUGUUUCUGGAUAGGACUUACGUUCUUCAGAAUUCAAUGCUACCAUCCAUUUGGGACAUGGGACUGGAGCUAUUUAGGGCUCAUAUUAUAAGUGAUCAGAAAGUCCAGAAUAAGACAAUUGAUGGCAUUCUUCUUUUGAUUGAGAGGGAGAGGAAUGGUGAAGCAAUCGAUAGAAGUUUACUCCGAAGCCUUCUAAGCAUGCUCUCUGAUUUGCAAAUUUAUCAGGAUUCUUUUGAACAACGAUUUUUGGAAGAAACUAACCGACUGUACGCAGCUGAAGGCCAAAAAUUAAUGCAGGAAAGAGAGGUUCCCGAGUACCUUCAUCAUGUUAAUAAACGUCUAGAAGAAGAAGCUGACAGACUUAUUACUUACUUAGAUCAGACCACCCAGAAGUCAUUAAUUGCUACUGUGGAAAAACAACUUCUAGGAGAACACUUAACAGCAAUUCUUCAGAAAGGUUUAAAUAACCUCCUUGAUGAAAACCGAAUUCAAGAUUUAUCUCUCCUGUAUCAGCUCUUCAGUAGAGUUCGAGGUGGCGUUCAGGUUCUCUUACAACAAUGGAUUGAGUACAUUAAGGCAUUUGGUAGCACUAUUGUAAUUAAUCCUGAAAAGGAUAAAACCAUGGUUCAAGAAUUGCUGGAUUUUAAAGAUAAGGUUGACCAUAUAAUUGAUAUCUGUUUCCUGAAGAAUGAAAAAUUUAUCAAUGCUAUGAAAGAAGCAUUUGAAACAUUCAUUAACAAAAGACCAAACAAGCCUGCUGAACUUAUAGCGAAAUAUGUGGAUUCAAAGCUUCGUGCAGGCAACAAAGAAGCUACCGAUGAAGAACUUGAAAAAAUGUUGGAUAAGAUUAUGAUUAUAUUUAGAUUUAUAUAUGGUAAGGAUGUUUUUGAGGCCUUCUAUAAGAAAGAUUUAGCCAAGCGCCUUUUAGUUGGGAAAAGUGCAUCUGUCGAUGCUGAAAAAUCAAUGCUGUCCAAACUUAAACAUGAAUGUGGAGCUGCUUUCACCAGCAAACUUGAAGGAAUGUUUAAAGACAUGGAACUUUCUAAAGACAUCAUGAUUCAGUUCAAACAGUAUAUGCAGAACCAGAAUGUACCUGGGAAUAUUGAAUUAACUGUGAAUAUCCUGACAAUGGGUUACUGGCCAACAUAUGUGCCUAUGGAAGUUCAUUUACCACCAGAGAUGGUAAAACUUCAGGAGAUUUUCAAAACAUUUUACCUUGGCAAACAUAGUGGCAGGAAACUUCAAUGGCAAUCAACUCUAGGACACUGUGUGCUAAAGGCAGAGUUUAAAGAGGGUAAAAAAGAACUCCAGGUCUCUCUUUUUCAAACGCUGGUGCUGCUAAUGUUUAAUGAGGGAGAGGAGUUCAGUUUAGAAGAGAUCAAGCAGGCUACUGGAAUAGAGGAUGGAGAGUUAAGGAGAACAUUGCAGUCAUUGGCCUGUGGCAAAGCCAGAGUUCUGGCGAAAAAUCCAAAGGGUAAAGAUAUCGAAGAUGGUGACAAGUUCAUUUGUAAUGAUGAUUUCAAGCACAAACUUUUCAGGAUAAAGAUCAAUCAAAUUCAGAUGAAAGAAACGGUUGAAGAACAAGCUAGUACCACAGAAAGAGUCUUUCAAGAUAGACAAUAUCAAAUUGAUGCUGCAAUUGUUCGAAUUAUGAAGAUGAGAAAGACACUUAGCCAUAAUCUUCUUGUUUCAGAAGUGUACAACCAGUUGAAAUUUCCCGUCAAGCCUGCUGAUCUUAAGAAGAGAAUAGAAUCCUUAAUUGACCGGGACUACAUGGAGAGAGACAAAGAAAAUCCAAACCAGUACAAUUACAUUGCAUAA